ACAGCAGCAGAUGACGGUUUUUCGCGGCCCCCUCCGCAGCACUCCCCUCCCCAGCCUUUGUGUGUACGUGCGGACCCAAAGGCAGUGAUGGCGGAUAGUCAGAGAGCAGCUUCCUCAUUCCUCUGAGCUCCGAGGUGACAGAAAGAAACGCAAACGAAAGAAAAACUUUUUUUUUGCGGUUUAUUUCUGUAUUUUCACUAUCAACGUGCAGAACUAGAACUGGAGGAGCAGCCGGCUUGUUGAUAUUUUCUGUCUGCUCGUUGCAUCAUGAGGAUGCCGGCAACCGAGGCAGCAGUGAGCGGGCUGAAGCAGUGCCGGCAGGCCCAGGAUCAGCUGGAGGAUGCCAUCAAGGGGGUGAUGAAGGCCGAGCAGCAGCUGAGGGAGAGCACCAGAGAGGUUCGUGCCGAGCUGCAGAGCUGUGUGAGCCGCCAGCAGGAGGCACUACGCAGCAGGGAGGUGUGGCUUCUUGGGCAGAUUGAGCUGCUCGAACAACUCAAGACUGAAACUCUGCAGCAGCAGCUGUACCAGCUGCACUGGCUCCGGGGUCAGUUUGAUGUUAUUGUCCAUCAGCUGCAGAACUCCAACAGCAGCAACGACCUGAGCAACCAGCUGACCAGCUGCAUGGAGAGGUUGUCUGCUCUCAGUCUGACACCUGAGGAAACGCCUGAGCUGAGUUUCCAGGCCGACACUCGCUCUCUGAGACAGGCCAUCACCUCAUUUGGGAGUAUCACAGCUCAGCCUGUGGAAGGUGCAUCUUCUCAAAGCUCUUCCCACAACAGACCUGAGGUGCAGAGUUGUCCAGUCGCUGCAAAGAAACAGACUGUAUCUCUGCAGAAGAUGGACAUCACAGCUCUGGGUGAAUGGCUGCUGGGAACUCAACCAGCUAGCAAGUCUCCGAUUGGUUACCAGUCAAGCAAGAACCCUGAGGAUUGGCUUGUGGCACCUAGAGAGAGCAAGACUUCAUGUCCUGUCCUGGCUUCGAUUGAUUUCCUGCAGGCCUGGGGUCAGCUUAGAGACCUGGAAGCAUGGCUUCUCCAGGACCAGCAGACCCCCGUCAGCAGGGAGAGGACAAUCAGCAGCUGCAGCUCGUCCUUCUCCAUUGAGAAGAUUGAUGAAUCAGAAUUCAACACCUCUCCUGAAGAGGAGGAGGAGGAGGAGGAGGAUGAGAUAAGCGACUGGCUCAUCACACCCUCUCCUGUUGCCAUGGAUACAAUGUCAGAUGCAGAGCGGUGGCAGAGAGUGUUGAAGCCGUUUGAGGACAAGUGGUCCUCCAGUGAGUGGCUGGUGGAGCCAAGCCCCCCCAAUGCAGACUGCUCCUCCUGCUGCCAGACCAGCAAAGCCGUGGAGAUCGAGAACCUGGGCCUGCUCAAGUGCCUGAAGACCCCGCCCACCUCCAGCCCUGCCUCCCCGACCACUACAGCACCAUCAGCAACCGUGGAUGCAUGGCUGCAGCAGGUGGUGCCAUUGCAGCAGACCUGCAAGGCUAACGAGGUUUGUUCUACCUACUCUGCCUGUGUCUGUGAUGAGAACUGUGCGAAAGAACCUCUGAGCCUUUGGCUGCUGAGACAGGAUGGACGGGACAAGAAUGGAGUCUCUGUAACCAAGAAUGCCUCGCCCACCACCAAGAAUGCCCCACCUACCACAGUCAAGAACAUCCAAUCUAACCAUAACCUGAUGGAGAAGGAACAAAAGGUUCAAGCCAUCCUGGAGGCUUGGCUCCACCCCACCAACACUUCUUCCACCUGCAAGAUUCCACUGAAAACUUUAACAACCUCCCUCUCAGGUUGGGUGGUUCCUGAGGAGGAGAAGGCCAGCAGGGAGGAGCACAGCUCCCAGUUCAAGCCCGCCUCCUCUUUUUCUCUGUUCCAGCAGCCUCUGGAUCCAGGUCUCUGGGUUCUUCCAGGACAGUCUGCCAAGGGGUCAGAAGGUCAGCCCCACCCUACAGAAGAGGAAGACAAAUGGCUUUUGAAGAAGAGGAGUCAGGCUCAGGAGCGCCUGGCACUUCCCACAGUCUGUGACCUGUUCUCGUGUAUGAAAGUGGGUGGAGACAAAGAAAAGUGGCUGCACAAAGCUGCUGAACAGAUGUGAUGAUGGCAACGAUGAUCAUAGAUGUUUCUUCUCUUCUCCUCUGGGAGAAUCUAUCGCUGAUCUGCGCACACGAUUGCAAACAAUCUAACCAACGCCGCCACUUUCUUCCUGUGACAUCACCACACUGAGCCUCUACCCGCCAUUCUCUUCCAGUCAGGAACAAGAACCCAUCCAACAGUUCACUACCUGGACUUUCAUUCUUUGGGUUGAAAUCAAGAAUUUCUACCCAAAGCUUGAGCCUUUCAGCCGUGCCUCUCAGUCUUCACAAGAGGAAUGAGCUGACUCAGCUGUUACUAUGACAACAGAGAUGUAGUAGGUUACAGCUCUAAGGGAGAACUCCAAAUUGCUCAUCAAACAGAAUUAAUUUGAUCCUUUUUUAUUCACAAUAUGUUAGUUGAUGAGAUGAUGGACCAUCUGCUCGUCUUUGUUUUUCAUUUCUAUCUGAUUGACACAAAUGGCUGCUGAUCUGCUUUAAAGGAGAAACUUCUCCUGGAACUAAUUUCAUCAGCUGAUCCUCACAAGGAAGAGGAGGCCGAGUCCUAGGCGGCAGGGUAAAGUGGAUGCAUGGGACUAAACAUUAUGGAGGGUGGAGGUAAAUGUAGAUCUAAAGUAGUUUAUUUGAAUGCAGUAUAUUUUAUCAAACAUUUGACUUAUUUUACUUUUUAACAGAAUCUCCACCUUUUAUGGUGGAAUGCUCAUUUUCUUCUUCUGUGAAGCUGUUCAUCUACACAGAUCUAUUUCCUGUCCAGACUGCAGGCUGUUACCUGAGUGGUGAUUUUUUUACUGCAAAGGUCUAGUCUGUCAGGUCAUCUUACCACUUGUGUUAGGGUUUCCACAUGCUCAGUAGUGUUUAUUCACUUUUAUUUUGUAAAAUCACACGCUUUGAAAUCUGUUUUAAUCUAUAUGCGAGUUUUACGCUAUAUAUGUUUAAUUAUUUCAGAUCAAAAUGCUUAUUUGUUCCCUGGGUGUAGCUUUGCAGGCAUUCUUUAAUGCAAUGCUUUUGAUUGGUGAAGCUAGCUACAUGUUACUAACCACCUGGGAGACUGAGAUAAGGGCAGAUAAAAACAAAAUCCUUAAAUCUCCAGAAACACAAAAGGGCAGGGUGUUUCCCAGAAUGCCUCGGACAGAGGCAACCUGCAGUCUGUCUGAAGGUCACAUGAUUCUGCAGUCUGCAGUGAUUGGUGCAUUAUUUUAAGCUCUGGUUUAAUGUUGGUGUGUAUGGGUUUGUUCGCUCAUGAAGAGCUAUGAUGUCUUCAGUCUUCUCUUCCUGCUGUGUUUCUCUGCUGAAUAAAACCUAAUGACAUCAUCA